GUCACCUGUUCCCUUUACUGAAAGUAAGUGCUCACAGCCCCUCCGCCCUCCUCAGGACGCCCAGGCACCUCCCCAUCCUCUGCUCCCUCAGCACAGAGAGUUCCUGGGAGGCUCUCCAUCCUGCUCACUAACCUGACAGGAGAGUCUGCCCCAGGUGGAACAGCCUCCUGCCCAGAGCCUUUCCAGCCCAGAACACUGCCCUCCAGUGUCCUCUGGCCUUGCCUGGUACCUGGUUUCCAUGACAGUUUGAAGGAGGUGAGGAGCCUGCAGUGGGCCAGCACAGAGCCAAGGAGAACAUUUGAGACUUUGGCCUUGUCCCCACCAGCCAGGAGCCACUGGUGUGGGUGCUCAGAAGGGCAGCUAUGAAGAACAUGCCCUUUGGGAUGAACCAGCUGAGUGGAAUCCCAUCCAAGUCAAUCUAAGCCUCAGUUUUCCCGUGUGAACAACGUGGAUGGGGCACCGGGCGGAUGACAGCGGGAACGGUUGUGAUCACUGGCGGGAUCCUGGCGACGGUGAUCCUGCUCUGCAUCAUCGCUGUGCUGUGCUACUGUCGCCUCCAGUACUACUGCUGCAAGAAGAGCGGAGCGGAGGAUGCAGACGAGGAGGAGAAGGAGGAGGAGGAGCACGGUCUCCCCCCACGACCCAGAGGCCCCACCUGCAAUGCCUGCAGCUCCCAAGGCGUGGACAGCUGCGGCAGCCUGGCCCCUCUCGCCAACAGCGAGCCGUGCGGGGCACCGGGCAACCACUGCACCACCUGCUCCCCUUACAGCUCCCCCUUUUACAUCCGGACGGCUGACAUGGUGCCCAACGGGGGAGGGGGCGAGAGGCUCGCCUUCGCUCCCGCGUACUACAAAGAAGGGGGACCCCUACCCCUCAAAAUGGCAGCGCCCCAGAGUUACCCAGUGACCUGGUCAGGCUCUGGGCAUGAGGCCUUCACUAAUCCAAGGGCUAUUAGUACAGACGUGUAACCCCUUCGACACCCCUCCCCACCACCACAACACACGCGCACACGCUGCCACCCCAGCAGGAGCAAAGUGGGCAUUGGCCUCCCCGCCAACCUCUCCCCAGCAGCCCCAUAACGACUCUCCUUGGGCUUCUCUUGCCCCACAGUGGAAGAACCACCCAAAUUCAGGAGUGCUUUGAGAACCAGGGCAGGGCUAGGCUCCAACCGCGUGGCCUGGAAGCGGGGGCUUUAAUUUCCCCUUUGUCCCUUUAUCUCUUGGGACGCUCCUCUGGCCAGCCCAGCAGCACACCCCGACUCCCAGCUUUCUGAGAGCAUGGGAAAGGAGCCCAAGGGAAAGUGGAGCAAGGCUUCUAGAGGGUUCCACAUUGCUUGCCUGGGAGAAAGGGGACAGAGGGCCUAUUUUGGGAGACCCCGCAGACCUGGUCGCUGCACCCACAGCACUGAUGCCUAGUCCGCUGCGCCCGUCCCCUCUCCUUUCCUCGUGGAACUUGUCAACCUGGAUUUAAAGGCUAUGACAUAAGGUCAUUUGUGGGGACAGCACCCAAAAUGUGAUGGCCUCUCUCCUAGGCUCCCGGAAGUUCUCUUGAUCUGCCGUAGGAGCCAGCUCCCCCUGCUGGAGGAUGCUUUCUAAGUUUCCUGGCCAGAGUUUGAGUCGCUUAGCGGUCGAAAUCUUGCUGAUGGUUGCCUGGACCUACCACAUCGAGUUCAGUUGCAAGAUGUGUCACCCACGUCAACACCAGCAGACACUAGGGACUUUGCCACCUUCAAGGGCUGCAAAGUAGAGGGGGCUCAGAUGUACAACUAGCAAGACAAAUCUCACCUGCAGUCAACACAAACCAAAAGGGGAUGAAGGUGCCCAAUGCCCAUAGCAACCAGCUGGCUGGUACAGGAAGAGCCCAGGAGCUCCGAGGGGCACUGCUGCGGCAGCUGCUGAAGUCACAUCGACCCCUCCAGAAGCCAGGCUUUCUGCCAGGCAGCCAUCGCUGAAGCCAUAGGCCACAGCAUCCCACCAGAGCCAGAGGGCUUUGACUUAGCAAUCGGAUUCCAUGUUGGCUGCCCCUUACCCUCCUCCCUGUGCAACCCCCACCCCAACAUGCACACAAACCUUCUGGAAAUGGAUCCCUUAUUGCUCUCAUCUUAGCCCCACAUCCAAUGCUCAUUUCCCACUUAUAACUCACUUAUAACUCAGCAGCUGCCUUGUGCUUCUUAAGUAAAUGUGUCUACUGAGUUUUCCAGUUCCCUCUGCCCCCAGUCCUCCUCUAAGAUAUACCAACCCUCUCACCUACUCCUGAGUCUGAGGGCUGCCGGGGCAGCCAGGGAAGGGGCUGUUUUCUUUCACAAAGGGCAUGGGGCAGUGGGCUGUGGGGUGGGAGAAGGAAUUCGCACCUUUAUACAUCACUCUGGUCUAGGCCUGUAGGAGUCUACUGUAGGCCCACUGGCUGGAGGGGCCAAAGGAACCCCAAGGGUGCUGUUGGGCAGUAGUUUGCCAGCUAACCACAAGGUUGGUGGUUCAAGCCCACCAGCAGCUCUAAAGAAGAAGGAUGAGUUGAUCCGCUCCUAUAAAGAUUUAUAGCCAGAGAAACCCUCCCAUGGCCGUUGUCCAUGGAAUCCACUCCAGGGUAAUGGGUUUGGUUUGGUUUGGGGGUGGAGGGUCAGAGGGUCUGGGCUCUGGUCACACUUGGGGGAUGUGAGUUAAGGGACAGAAUACACGAUUAGCAAGCAACCCCAUUUAACUCUCUGCGACAGCAAACAUGUUUGUCUUCCCCUCCUGCUGAAUGAACCCAGAGGGUAACCUUGUCAAAAAAAGGCAGAGGGAGGUAGUGAAGUCCCAAAGCAGAGGGGGCAGCUGAGGACAGUGACUUCCCCACACUCCAUCCCCCCACCAACCCUCACUUCACAUGCCCGGCUGGGCCGGGCAGGCCUCACCCUCCCUGACCAAGGGUCAGUCCUGUGUCCUGCUCCCUGGAAUUCCAGUCAAUGAACCACAGCAGCCAUGUCCUUCCUAGUCAAAAUGCCAUCUUGCCUGUCUGUGGAAAGUUCAAGACAGCCCACUUAAUGAUCCCACACUUCUUAUCCCUGACUUAUGAGGGUUCCCAGUGCCAAUCACCUGUGCUUGUAGCUUCCCAGCCCAAAUUAUGUCAGCCCACAAAUAAAAUCUGGGGUUUGAAGCGAUUGUGGGUCAGGCUCUCCCACACACAGACCCACCCUGCCUUAGCACUCGGGCCCCACCCUGGGCUCAAGCCGGCCUGCCCACCGGCCUCGCCAGCAAUGGAGGCCCACCCUGUGAAGGAUGGAGCUCACCCCACUCAACCACACUGUACUUUUUGUAGCUGCGGAGUCUGUCCUAGGGGACACAAUUUGUACACUUUCCGCAAACUGCACCAUAAACAGGAAGAGGAGGAGGUGGGACUGUGGGACACGUGGUCCCCUCUGCCAUCUUGUCUCCAUCUCCAUUUCACUUCUCCUGCUUCUGAGUUUUCGUUUCUUGUCCCGCAUCUUUGAUAACUUGGAGUUGCCACCAACUGAAUGUCAAAAAUAAAUGAGGAAUUUGAAA